UGCAUGAAAGACAAAUAUGAUAUGAUAUCAUAGGUAGAGAGUGGCUUGAAGAUAAUGUGAACCCUCUCCUCUCUACAUUUCCAUAUAUACUACUAUCGAUUCUCUUCAUGUUCUUGUAGUUUCCUUCUUUUCCAAGCCACUCACAAACAUUCAGCCAUUCUUCUCAUCCAAUAAAAUGUCUGUAUCAUUAACAGAUCAAACCGCCUACCUGCACCAAGAAGAAGAUAUUGCAAGAACUAAUGUUUAUACUGAAAGUUCAUAUCAACACCAGCAGUGCUAUUAUGCUGAAAGCCGUAGCGUAUGUGAGAUUGAAGAAGAGAAAUAUUCAAGUGAUCUCUUUGAGAUUAAUCAUGGGGUGCCUUUGGAAUCCAUCAAAGAAGACAUAGAAGGGAGUGUGUUUUCCUUUGAUGUAUAUGGAGAGCAUCAGAAAGAUUGUGUUUAUGUUGGUGUAGGAAAGAGUGAGUCUAGCAUGGAUGCACUUUCUUGGACAUUGAAGAAUGCUAUUAUUGAUUCCAAUACCAUGGUUUUUCUCAUCCAUAUCUUCCCUGAGAUACAUUACAUUCCUUCUCCUUUGGGUAGGCUUCCAAAGAGUCAAGUGAGUGCUCAGCAGGUGGAGAAUUACAUGGCCCAAGAAAGAGACAAGAGGAGAGAACUCCUACAAAAGUUCAUCAACAUGUGUUCUGCAUCCAAGGUUAAGGUAGACACCAUCCUCGUUGAAAGUGAUGCGGUUGGGAAAGCUAUGAUGGACCUCAUUACAGUUGUCAACAUGAGAAAGCUGAUUCUUGGAACCUCCAAGUCCAAUCUAAGGAAGUUGAGGUCUAAGAGAGGAAAUGGGAUAGCUGAUCAAGUAAUUCAAAACGCACCCGAGUUCUGCGAUGUCAAGAUCAUAUGCGAUGGAAAGGAAGUGGUGAUUGACCAGAUGGUUGGAUCACCUAUAACCCUUCCUGACAAUCCCAGUGAAAAGUCUUUCACGUUGCAAGAUGAAUCCAAUACAAAUAACGACUCGUUUGCUUGCAUGUGUUUCAAAUCACCGAAAGUUAUGUAAAAAUAUAAGAUAUAUACACAAGCUGAUCACAGCAGGAAUAGCUCAGUUGCAAGCGCGUCAGACCCGAGAUUGCUUGUUUGAUCACCACAUUGUUUUACUUUUUUCACUUGCACUCUGUCUGUACAUGGUUUCUAUGAUUCUGUAAUCCAUGGAACCACUUGGCUUGCUUCUAUAGAAACUGCAAAAUUCAUGUCA